AUGUCAAUAUUUUCCGAUUUCCAUUCCUCCUCGCGACUGCCACGCAUCCUUGUCGCAGUACUUGCUAUCUUGUCCUUCACACUUCUCCUCAGUUACAGCAGGAUAUCCUCGACUACAUACUCUCUCCUCUGGCCCGAGCCGGAACCAAUUUCACUGGAACCUGACGACGAUUUGUCGACGGUUUUCGACGGCAUAUCACCCAUGAGCUACGGCAAGACCCACAGGCCCCCGAUGAAGGGCAUGCCCGACAAGCUGGUGGCCGACCUGCCCGAGCAGUACAUCCCCAGCCUGGAUGGCCGGACAAAACGCCUGGUGAUAGUAGGCGACGUCCACGGCCAGAAGACCGCCCUGGAGAAGCUCCUGGGCAAGGUCCAUUUCGACAAGACCAAGGACCACCUGAUCCUGACAGGGGACCUCGUUAACAAGGGCCCGGACUCUGCAGGCGUGGUGGACCUGGCGAUCGAGCUCGGCGCGCACGCCGUGAGGGGGAACCACGAGGACCGCGUGCUGUAUGUGAGCAUGGCCAUGAACAAGGACUCCGAAUCACCACAGUCGAUGAGCGACAAGGUAGACCUCGAGACGAAGGUGUACGAGAAGGGGCAUGAGGAGGAAAAGGACGACAAGGAUCCCAAGGCCGCAAAGGAGGAGUAUCUCGCCAACGAGGCCCUGCUCGACCGCGGCGACAAGCCCGAGUACCAGACCGCGCGCUCGCUGUCCAAGGGCCAGCUCGAAUGGCUCUCCCAGCUCCCUCUGAUCCUCAAGAUCGGCCGCAUCCCCUCCAACAAGGACCUCCCGCCCGCGUUCGAGAACAUGGUGGUCGUGCACGCGGGUCUGGUGCCGAACGUGUCACUGGCCGACCAGGACCCCCGGGCGGUGAUGUCGAUGCGCACGCUCGUGUACCCGGUGGAUGAGCUGAGGAGAGACGCGGUGAAGAGGUGGCUCAAGGAAAAGGCGGAGAAGAAGAACAGGGGCAUGGUCGCCAACAGCCAGAUCGACGAGGACGAGGUCGACGAGUUCCUGCAGAAGAUCAUGGAGGCGCAGGGCCUGAGCAGCGACCACGAGGGCGACGACGUCGCGGUUCCCACGGACGGGCGGGAGGGGUCUAAGUGGUGGAAGGAGUGGAACCGCUUCCAGGAGCGGCUGGCAAAGACCACGACGACGGAGGCCGAGGUGAAGGCUCCCGCCGCCGCUGCUACUUCUAAUGACGACAACAAGCCCGGAGACGUAGACGCCAGCAAGAAAAAUAACAAGAAGGACAAGAAGCGGCGACAGCAGACCGCCGUGGAGAAGGAGCUGAGCGGCAUGACGAUCGUGUACGGGCACGACGCAAAGAGCGGGCUGACGGUGCCCGACACCUACGGCAACGGUAAGGGCCACACGUUCGGCCUGGACUCGGGAUGCGUCUACGGCCGGAAGCUGUCGGCGCUGGUGAUCGAGGCCCGGCCCGAGGGCGUCGUGCACGGCAUCACGCAGGUCAAGUGCGAGAAGGCCGUGGAGCCGUGA